CGGCGGCGGCGGCUCCGCUCCGCACUGCCCGGCGCCGCCUCGCCAUGGACGCGCGCGGGGGUGGCGGGCGGCCCGGAGAGAGCCCGGGCACGACCCCCGCGCCGGGGCCGCCGCCGCCGCCCACGCCCCCCCAGCAGCAACCGCCACCUCCACCGCCGCCUGCGCCACCCCCGGGCCCUGCACCCGCGCCCCCCCAGCAGCCACCACGGGUCGAGGCGGCGGCCCCCGAGGCGGUGGACGAGGGUGGCCCACGCGCCCGGCUCCGCAGCCGGGACAGCUCAUGCGGCCGCCCGAGCACACCCGGAGCAGCGAGCGCAGCCAAGAGCAGCCCGAAUGGCGAGUGCGGGCGCGGUGAGCCGCAGUGCAGCCCCGCGGGCCCCGAGGGCCCGGCGCGGGGCCCCAAGGUGUCGUUUUCGUGUCGAGGGGCGGCUUCGGGGCCCGCGGCAGCUCCGGGGCCAGCGGAUGAAGCGGGCAGCGAGGAGGCGGGCCCGGCAGGGGAGCCGCGCGGCAGUCAGGCCAGCUUCAUGCAGCGCCAGUUCGGCGCGCUCCUGCAGCCCGGCGUCAACAAGUUCUCGCUGCGGAUGUUCGGAAGCCAGAAGGCGGUGGAGCGGGAGCAAGAGCGCGUGAAGUCGGCGGGGGCCUGGAUCAUCCAUCCGUACAGCGACUUCAGGUUCUACUGGGACUUCACCAUGCUGCUGUUCAUGGUGGGAAACCUCAUCAUCAUCCCUGUGGGCAUCACCUUCUUCAAGGACGAGACCACAGCCCCAUGGAUCGUGUUCAACGUGGUCUCUGACACCUUCUUCCUUAUGGACCUGGUGCUGAACUUCCGCACGGGCAUCGUAAUUGAGGACAACACAGAGAUCAUCCUAGACCCCGAGAAGAUCAAGAAGAAGUACCUGCGCACAUGGUUCGUGGUGGACUUCGUGUCGUCCAUCCCGGUGGACUACAUCUUCCUCAUUGUGGAGAAGGGCAUUGACUCCGAGGUCUACAAGACGGCGCGCGCCCUGCGCAUCGUGCGCUUCACCAAGAUCCUCAGCCUCCUGCGGCUUCUGCGCCUGUCCCGGCUCAUCCGCUACAUCCACCAGUGGGAAGAGAUCUUCCACAUGACCUACGACCUGGCGAGCGCCGUGAUGCGUAUCUGCAACCUUAUCAGCAUGAUGCUGCUGCUGUGCCACUGGGAUGGCUGCCUGCAGUUCCUGGUACCCAUGCUGCAGGACUUCCCGAGCGACUGUUGGGUGUCCAUCAACAACAUGGUGAACCACUCGUGGAGUGAGCUCUACUCCUUCGCGCUCUUCAAGGCCAUGAGUCACAUGCUCUGCAUCGGGUAUGGGCGGCAGGCGCCUGAGAGCAUGACAGACAUCUGGCUGACGAUGCUCAGCAUGAUUGUGGGGGCCACCUGCUACGCCAUGUUCAUCGGCCACGCCACAGCACUCAUCCAGUCACUGGACUCCUCCCGGCGCCAGUACCAGGAGAAGUACAAGCAAGUGGAGCAGUACAUGUCCUUCCACAAGCUGCCUGCUGACUUCCGCCAGAAGAUCCAUGACUACUAUGAGCACCGCUACCAGGGCAAGAUGUUCGAUGAAGACAGCAUCCUGGGCGAGCUGAAUGGGCCCCUGCGGGAGGUGAGACGGGCACUGCAGUGGGAAGGAUCUUGCCAGGCUGUGCCCAUGCCCUCCCCUCCAUGAACCUCCUCCCUGC